UCAAGUUCUUCUCAAAGUUUUCUCUUUAUUCUCAUGGUAUCAGAGCCUUGUAAACCUUAACAGGUUCUACAAUGGCGACCUCGUAUCCAUUCCCUGACAACAUUCAUGUCACGAGUACAAUUACUAUCAAGCUCAACAACACAAAUUAUCUCCUUUGGAAGACUCAGUUUGAAUCUCUCUUAUCGUGUCAAAAACUCAUCGGGUUCGUAAACGGUGCCGUGACAGCUCCUUCUCGUACCACCUCGACAACAAACGACGCAGAGGUUCCUAAUCCACAGUAUGAGGCCUGGUUCUGCACAGAUCAACUCGUCAGAUCGUGGCUUUUUGGUACUCUGUUUGAAGAAGUCCUCGGGUAUGUUCAUAACAUUCCUACCUCUAGAGAUGUCUUGCUUUCUUUAGCUGAGAACAUCAAUAAGAGUAGCAUUUCUAGGGAAUUUGCUCUUCGCCGUAGCCUAUGGGUUCUAGAAAAGAAAGACAUGUCCUUUGCUGCUUAUUGUCGAGAGUUUAUAGCCAUUUGUGAUGCCUUGAGUUCUAUUGGUAAACCAAUAGAUGAGUCUCUGAAGAUAUUUGGCUUCUCAAAUGGUUUGGGUCGUGAUUAUGACCCAAUCGCAACUGUCGUCCAAAGCUCCUUGAGCAAGAUCUCUCCACCAAGAUUCGGUGAUGUGGUUUAUGAAGUUGAAAGCUUUGAAAACAAGCUUCAGUCGUACAAUGUCUCAGAUGCUGUUACUCCACAUCUUGCGUUUCAUGUUCAACAAAGUGGCUAUGGCAACCAGUCGAGAGGAGGCUAUCGUGGUAGAGGUCGUUCUUCAGGACAAAAUAGAGGACAUGGAGGCUACUCCUCUCAUGGCAGAGGUUUCUCUCAACACCGAACAACUCAGCAGUCCUCUGGUGAACGUCCCAUUUGUCAGAUUUGUGGUCGAACAGGACACCUUGCGACUGAUUGCUGGAAUUAUUUUGAUCACAACUAUCAGAGACCUGACGUAGCUCAAGUGUUUUUCUCCCUGCAAAUCUCUGAUGGUAAUGACUGGGUAACUGAUUCUGGAGCUACCGCUCAUGUCACUUCCUCGGCCAUUAAUCUGCAGUCUGCAACAACAUACAAUGGGAAUGACACCGUUCAGGUUGGAGAUGGCACUUACCUACCUAUCACUCAUGUUGGAUCAACUACCAUUGCUUCCUCUACAGAAGGUGGUAGCAAAGGGUCCACGAAAUAGAGGGUUAUACACUUUGGAGAAUCAAGAAUUUGUGGCACUGUUCUCUAAUCGACAAUGUACAGCCUCUGAAGAUACUUGGCAUCAUCGGCUUGGACAUACAAAUUCUCAUGUUCUCCAACACCUCAAGAACAGCAAGGAAGUUAACAUUAAUAAGAGCAGAACAACCUCCAUUUGUGAGCCUUGCCAGAUAGGGAAGAAUAGUAGAUUACAGUUUUUUGAAUCGGAUUCAAGAGUUUUUUGUCCCCUAGAUCAAGUUCAUUGUGAUCUUUGGGGACCUUCUCCAGUUGUAUCUCAACAAGGGUUUAAAUAUUAUGCAGUUUUUGUGGAUGAAUACUCAAGAUUUACUUGGUUCUACCCUUUGAGAGCAAAGUCUGAAUUUUUCUCUAUAUUUAAGAUCUUUACAUCAAUGGUUGAGAAUAAAUUCAAGACAAAGAUGAACGUGUUUCAGAGUGAUGGAGGAGGAGAGUUUACAAGCAAUGUUCUUAAGCAGUUUCUCUCAGAAAAU